AUGUCAAGCCAGCAACGCGACUCCUUCCUCCCCUCCGGCGCAAUUGAUCCCCCUAGGUACCCGCACCAAAUGACUUCUCCACAGAACGUCCCCCGCAGCCUCCCUGAGACAACCUCUUUCGUUCCCUCACUACCUGGCAGCGACCACAAUUCACCAAACACCUACAAUCGCUCGCCAUCCCAACAUCCAAAUGGUCAUCCCAUCUCACCUCCGAAGACUAGAAGCGCGAGUGCAGAUGACAAUAGUGCCGCGUUGAUAGAGGACUGGAGAAUCUAUACCCAGAAACUACGGAUGCAGAGUGAGGGGGAGAGGGCACACAUGAUGGCUGACCGAGCACGGGUGGAGGAAGUGAUGGCCGAAGAGCGGGCUCUUUGGGAUCGGGAACGAGAGAUCCUUUGUGCGCGAAUCGCAGAACUCGAAAGGCAGUUACAAUCAGAGUCGAGAAGUUCAAGCGAUACAGUCGUCUCUCGACCACUCUAUCACAAACAAUCAUCAUUGAACAUGGGAGCACAGCAAAUCACCAGCCCAGGAUCACAUUCAUCAUCAAGCAACGACCGUAACGUCCCGCAAGAAUCGGGGCGCAACGCAGACGGGAGCCCCUUCUACGCCCCCGCAGCACGAAACCCGUCCCGUACCUUCGACGUAUCCUCCAACUCCGACCUGCGCGUCGACUCUAUCAGUGCUCCUAGGGAGAGCGCUAUCCGAGUCACCAGCAAAGAACUCACAUCUUCCGACUUUGUACAAUCCCCACCCGUCUUGUCUACUUCCCACGACCUCUCGCCUAUCGUCGAAAGCAUAGAUAUCCAGAAAAUUCAGCCAGAACUCGAGGGUGUUCCUAUAAAAGUGACUGCCGUAGACCCUACUUUUGCCUUCCAGGUACUCAGUCCAAACUCGUCAUCUCCAGCGAAAUUAUCGCCCAAUACAAAGCCCCCGCGGCAAGACAAGACGUUGGAGGUUAUUCAUAGUCCUGCGGAUAGGCGGUUGACUUUGCAUGCUGGACAUACGCCGAACCACUCGAUCUCGAAAUUUGGCGAUAUAAUAGGCGACCAGACACCUACGCAAGAUCACCACAGCGAGCAGCUCGACACGGCAUCUGAUGACGGAGAUAAAGAGCUCACUGGCACUCUAGGUCUCACGAAUGACUCUAUCAAUAACGAUGACUUCCUUAUUACUUUACAUAAGAAACUUAUCGUCGAGGCGAAGAAAAGCGGGACUACAAGCCCGGAGGAGGAUCCAAGUCCUGUUGCUGACUCUGGCCCCAGCAGUGGGGUUGUCGAACCGCUAAUAGAACCAUCUGACAAAGAUGAUGGCCCGGUAUUGAGAGUUAAAGCAAGUCUCAAUUUCGGAAGGCCGUUGGGGAGGAUGUGA